AUGCUUUUCCCGUUUUACGCAAGUAUUACCAACACGUUCUUGGCGUGCCAUCUCGACUCAGGAACGAAAAGCCGCAAAUCAUACCACUGGCAGCACGAAAUAUCCUCGUCGAGCCUCUUCCUCCCCCCCGCCCCCCGAGUGGGGUACAUUCAUACCAAUAGCAGCGCCAUACACAAGAUCGAUUUUGUGGGCCAAUUGAUGGCAUGGCCCAACUUUGAACGAGAAGUCAUUACCACAUUUUCUUUGCCAAGCACAAACUGGAACAAUGACACUCUUGACGUGCGUGUUGUGGGCUUCGGAUCACAAACCUCGAUCUCCGAGGAGCAGAUGGUCCUCGGAGAUGAGAUCGGGCUCCAAGGCCGUCUGGGCGAACGUCUUGGUCGGCCGGUGACCUCUUCCCUUCAAGCGCAGCAACACCGACGCCGGAUGGGGGACUUCAAAGCCAGUAGGCCUGCAGCAGCCGGGUACCGACGUAUCCCAGACAUGGUGUUGUUCGAUGGUGUGCCUGAAAUCAAAGUCGUUGGGGGGGCCAAGGCGCCGUGGCCCGAUGAGCACAUUAAUAUGCUGAGCGAAGGAGUGGACGAUUUUGAGGCCGGGCAAGAGGGGCCACUUCGCCGUCGUCUAGGCAUGGUAUAA